AUGGCUGAUCAACAGGAGGCUGCCCAAGCCUUUGCGGGUCUCGAGUCUUAUGAUCUCUCGCCUGACGGCCUGGGAAGCAUGCCGGCGACGACCAGCAGCACCAUGUCGCAUGGCUUUGUUGACACGCACCAACAGGAUCUUAUGAAUACCGACCCCAACAGCAAACCCGAACCCUCCGUCUUCACCAGCGCAGCAGCUGCCAGCAACCGCCUCAGUCGGAGUCCGGGCAGCAAUACCAGCUCCAAGUCCUCCGUGCAUCGCCACAGGAAGGCCAAGACGAACAGCAUCACCAGCGACGGCGGCACGAAUAGCGACGCCAGCAACACAUCGAGUUUCAACAAUAGCCCCGUCAGCUCCGUACCGCCUUUCCUCACUGCCUCGUCCACCAUUGCCCCCGACUCUUCCAUCCCGUCCGACGCUGCCGGUACGACCUCUGCCCCCACCUCCGGUGGUGAUUUUUUCCUCCAAAACCCCAACAGCUGGGGAGUCUUCCCGAACACCCUCAACGCCGGCAGCGGCGGCGGUUUCGACCCUUCCGCCCUCCAGCAGCUGCAGGGCAGCUUCAACCCGGCCGCCAUCCCCAGCGGCUUCUACAACCCCCAGUUCCAGUUUGGCGCCCAGCAGUGGGGCGUCUCCAACGCCGCACCGCAGUUCACCUGGCCGCUUCCGCAGCGUCCACAUGCGGACGCGCCCCUCCAGCAGGGACAGCAACCAUCCGAUCAGAGCCAAGACGGCGGCGACCUGCUUCAGCGGCAGCUGCAGCAACAAUCCUUCUUCCAGCAAAACCUGCAGCAACUCCACCUGCAAGAGCAAUCUCAGCAGCCAGGCCAAGUCGCGUCACAAGAACCAGGCCAGGUCCGGCCACAACCCGCACCCGAAAUUCUGAGUUCAUUGACCCCAGAGCAGCAGGCCGCUCUCAAGAACAUCGCCAUGCCCGCCCACCUGCAGUAUCACAGCCCGAAAAGCCAGGCCAGCCCCCAGUCCAGUGCUGGCGGCGGUGCUGUUUCUUCGCCCGACGCCGCCGAUCCCACCCGCAAUGGUAGCCGCAAACGCAAGCCAUCGGCCGACGAGGACGAGGACGACGAUGACGAGGACGAGGACGGCUCCCAGCCCGUCAAGAAGACGGCUCACAACAUGAUCGAGAAGCGGUAUCGCACAAACCUCAACGACAAGAUCGCUGCGCUCCGGGACAGUGUGCCCAGCUUGCGCAUCAUGUCCAAGAGCGCGCGCGGCGAGGACACCACCGAAGACCGUGAGGAGCUGCACGGCCUGACACCCGCCCACAAGCUCAACAAGGCCACCGUCCUCAGCAAAGCCACCGAAUACAUUCGCCAUCUCGAGAAGCGGAACAACCGGCUCCUCGACGAAAACAGCCAGAUGCAGCAGCGUAUUGCCGCCUUCGAGAAGCUGUUCAUGCACGGCGCCCUGUCCAACGCCAACUCCAUGAGCCCCAUGGCACAGCCGUCGCCCAUGCCCAUGCCCUUUAGUGGUCCCACGUCCAGCCAGUCCAACCCGAUGGCCGCCUUUAUGAGUGCGCCGCCAAUCACCACACCGCGCGGUCCUGACCCGGUCGGCAUGAUCCCCGUCCCCGAAGAGAUGAAGCGCAUCCUCCAAGCCCAGGCCGCCGCUGGCCGUCCCUACCCCGUCCCGCAACAGCCCUUCCAAGGCACACCUGCCGUCAUCCGCCAGCAACAGAUUCAGCAGCAACAGCAAGCGCAGCAGAGCCGCUGGCAGGCCGGCGCCCCUUACCUCGGUAAGAUGAUGGUCGGCUCGCUUGCCGGUCUGAUGCUCUUCGAGGCUGCGCGUGAGCAGGAGAUCGACCCCGAAUCGACCGAGGGCCGUGGCCUGUUCGCUCUGCCUCUGCAGCUCCUGCGCCCAUUGGUGGCCUCCGACGCGCACGUUGGCUUCGGCGGCUACUACGUCGCGACCGCACAGAUCGUGUCCCACCUCAAGCUUCUGCUGCUGUUGGGCAUGCUCCUGUGGGCCUUUGUGCCCUCCUUCUUCGCUGCACCCAAGCCCACUGCCCAAGACAAGACCCACCAGGUGCCACAGGCGGCGCCGUCGCUGGCCUCGCCGAUCCACGUCCGCCGCAAUGCCUGGCUGACGGCCAUCCAGACCGUCUGGGUCCCGCGCCACAAUUUCGUUUUGGAGGCUGCCGCGCUGAUUCUCAAGAUGAUGAAGCUCAGCACCCGCAAUGCCCUUGGCAUCGAGCGCUACAGCAUGCUGACGGGUCUGACGCAGGACCAGGAGACCGCCCGCAUCAAGUCCUGGGCCAUUGCUCUGGACGCCCAGCUGGCCGGCGGCGAUGUCGAGAUCAACGAGAGGCGCUUGACCCUGACGUUGCUGGCUUCGCAUACCCUGCCCGAUACGCCCCUGCGACUCAUGCUCAACGCCCUGCACAUUCGCAUUCUCGUGCGCCACCUCGGCAAGAACGCCUUGUUCGACGCCGUCGCCGCCUAUUGGGCCCGCGGCAAGUGGAAUGCCGCGCGCGAGCGGAAUCUGCUGGCCAUGCAGCUGCAAAACACUGGCGGCAACAGCGGUAGCAGCAGCAGCGGCGACAGCGGCAACGACAGCAGCGGCGGCAGCGGCAGCGGCAGCGACCAUGUCAGCAGUGCGUUCUCGCUGCAAGCCGACGACAGACUUCCCAGCCACCUGGAGGCUCUCCUGGCCGAAGACUGCGAUGACGUCCUCAACGACGAUGUUAUCGAGCGCGCCUACAAUCUAGCAUUUAACCGACCCACCACAUUUGACGUGCCGGCUGCCGUCGUCGAUAUGGACGGUAUGAACGCCGUUGUCGAGGACCCGGCCGUGCUCUCGCCACUCGACGCCGUUGCCGCCUGGUUCUCGUCUCUUCUCGUGCAUCGCAUUCUCACGACAUCCUUGGCCGCCGAGAGCGACGAGGACCAAUCCGACCUGGCCGACUCCAUUGCUGCCGAAAUCGACUUGGCGGCCAAGAUCGCCCCCAUCGGCUCCCACGCCCAAGUUCGCGCCCUUGUCGCCCGCGCGGUGCUUGUCGAGGAGAAGCGCGGCGCCAGCAUCGCCGUGGCGCUGCAGGCGCUGCGCCCGAGCCUCAACGCGGACGAGAGCCUGCAACCGCUGGUCGAUGCGCCCCUGACGCGGCUGAUGGCCGACCGCGAGGCGCUCAUCGCCCUGCGGUGCGCCAUGGCCCUUGCGCACCUCCAGCGCUUUGCCGCCCUGCCCCAGGACAUUCUGGCGUCUGUCGACGCUGUCCUGCCUGGUGCCCAACACCAAGUGUCCUUGCUGGCUUGUGCCGCGGCCUUCCGGUUGAUGCUGACCCUGCACGCCCGCCGCGUCGCUGCCGACGCCUGUGCGAUCUCGCUCGAGCAGCUGGCAGGCUCCCUGCGCGUCUGGAUCGGCGGCCCCAUCAGCGACCGGGGCGGCCUGGACGCGGGCGUGCGCCACAGCAUGGUGCGCCGAUGCCUGGCCGUGACGCGGAGCGUGGUCGGCAUUGACAACGAUACGGGGUACGGAAGCAUGAGCGAAGGCGAGGGCGAGGGCGAGAGCGAGAACGACAGUGAGAACGAGAGUUGA